AUGAAAGGUGUUCAUUUCCUCAUAAGCACUCUUGCCAUAUUGGCAUCUGCAACCUUCCUCGUCUCUGCCUCUGACCCCAGUCCUCUUCAGGACUUCUGUGUAGCACUAAAUGACAACAAAUCUGCUGGUGGAUAUUUCGGUGCAAACGCAGUAUUUGUGAAUGGAAAAUUCUGCAAGGACCCAAAGCUUGUCAAUGCAAAUGAUUUCUUCUUUUCUGGCCUCCAAAACCCAAGAAACACACAAAAUCCGCUUGGUUCAAAUGUGACAACUGUGAAUGUGGACCAAAUAGCGGGGUUGAACACUCUCGGCAUAUCCCUGACUCGCAUAGACUUUGCACCAAAUGGCCUAAACCCUCCUCACACUCACCCUCGUGCCUCCGAAUUUCUUGUGGUCUUGGAAGGAACACUCUAUGUUGGUUUCGUCACAUCCAACGGUGAUGGCAAUCGCCUAUUCACCAAAGUGUUGAACAAGGGAGAUGUGUUUGUGUUCCCAAUCGGCCUCAUUCACUUCCAACUCAAUGUGGGACACGUCAACGCUGUAGCCUUCGCUGGGCUUAGCAGCCAGAACCCAGGAGUGAUCACCAUAGCCAAUGCAGUGUUUGGCUCCAAGCCUCCCAUCAACCCUGAUGUUCUAGCCAAGGCCUUCCAAGUGGACGGCAAUGUGGUUGACUAUCUUCAGAAACAGUUCUGGUACGACAACAAUUAG